CAUCACUGCUUGUGUUGUAGCGUCGAGAGAAAAAAUAGUUUUUGUGCAGUUUUUUUUACAUCUUAAAUUAAUCUUUAUGUUUUAAUUAAUUAAUAAUACUCGAUAAGUUUUUAACAAUAAUAGAAUAAAAUGUUUAACACACAAAUGUAUUAUAAGUUUUCAAUAUUUACUUAAUAAAAAAAAAACUUCAAGAAAAGUCAGAACUUGCAAAACAAGAAAGAAAAAUCGAAGCCACUCAACUCGAGUCAAAAAAUUGAAGAAAAACAACAUGGUGGUUAAAUGCCUGCUAUGCUUAGAAUAUCCAACGAUACCGGGUCCAAAAUUUUUAGAAAUAUUUGGUGAGGAAGGCUUACGUCUAGAUAUAAGUGCGAUUAUUAACAAAUAUUUUUGGUUAAAGACAAACAGGAACUGUGAAGAUGUACAACAAAUAUGUAUGACAUGUUGGGAGGUAGUAAGAGAUUUCCAUAUACUCUAUCAGAGAGUAGAGGAAGUCCAUAAACAUAUAGGAGUCAAGACUAUAGUAUUGGACGAUCCGCUGCCUCAAGAUGUUAUGCUUAAGUCCGAAGAUGAUCCAUCUAUGGCCCAAGAUCCCAUUAUGGGCGAUAAUGGCAUGGGUGAUAAUGGCAUAUUCGAUCCGGAAGUGAAGGUAGAGGUGCACGAUUUGGAUUUGUUGCCACAAAUAGAAAUACUAGAGACUGCUAAUGUACCCGAUAGAGCUGCAAGAUCGAGCCGUCGUGGACGUCCUCCUGCUAGGGAUCAAAGUCCAAAGGUAGCGACAAAACGUAUUAAAAAAGAACAAUCUCCUGCGGCAGAGUCAAAUAUAGAUGUUUUCGCUUCAAACGAGAGUCUGGCUAAGGAUGGAUUAAACGAUUCUGGCUCGAUGGAAGACAUAAACUAUGCUUUAUUGUCAAAUUCAUUGGAUAAAUCAGAUAAAGAUGAUGGUACAAGUAAAAGAAGAGGUAGACCCCGGAAAACGGAAGUUGAAAAAACUAAAACAACUACGCCGCGCCUCAAACGCUCCAAGAAACAGCAGCUGCAGGCCUCAGAGACUGCCAUUAAGAACGAAAAAGAUGUGGAAGACCAACCAUCAUGUUCAACAGCACAACAGGCCAAUGCCGGCGAUGCAUCGGAGCCAAAAAUUAAAACUGAAAAUUCUACAGACGAGCAAAACUUUGAUAGCUUUGCCAUUACAGCUGAAAAUUUCGAUGAUGAUGAUGCCUAUGCUCAAGACGACUACGAUGAUGAUAACGAUAACUACAAUAAAGACUCUGAUGAUUCCUCCAACUCUGAGUCAGAGUCAGAUGCUUCGAACGGCUCUGACUGGGGCGAGGCUAAAAAGAAGAAAGAAAAGUUUGCCGUUAUCAUGAAAAAGGAACGCAAUGUCCCCAAGAAAUAUAAAAAGAGAGAAAAACCUUUGGUGGAACCCAAACGCAUGAGCCGCGAAGAAAUCGAGGCCCGUCAAGCCCAGCAGGCCGAGUAUGAUAACAUCAUAACGAAAUUCUUUGAAAAAAUCCGUUGUCCCAAGUGUGAACUUUUGGUGCACACAUUUGGUGAAAUGCGAGCCCAUUUCCGUUUGGAUCACAAUGAUGACCAUGGUUUUGUCGAAUGUUGUGGUCGCCGAUUUGCCACGCGCAAAUUUCUGGCCGAACACAUACUGGUUCAUUACAAUCCCGAACAUUUCAAGUGCAAAACAUGUGAUAAGGUCUGCCGUGACUCCACGCAACUGGAGGGCCACGAACAGUCACAUUUACCCAAUCCACCUCCAUCGAAAUACAAGAAAACGUUCCAGUGUGAAAAAUGCUCAAAAACAUUUUCCUCCAAAGCUUCGUUCGAACAUCACAUGGUGGCGAAACAUGUGCCACGAGAAGAAUUCAAAUUUGAAUGUCCUGAAUGUAAGAAAAAAUGUCCAACUGAAACAAAACUUAAAGAUCACAUGCGCAGUGUACACGAUCCCCAGAGGACAGUCAUCUGUGAUAAAUGUGGCAAAACAUUUAAAAGUACCUACAGUCUUAAAAAACAUCACGAACUGGAGCAUUCGGAUGUACCGAAACCAGCGCCCAUACCCCAACAAUGUGAAAUCUGUGGUGCCUGGCUAAGACAUUUGUCGGGCCUAAAACAACAUAUGAAAAACAUACACGAGGGUGUGCAGACCGAACAUCGUUGUCAGAUUUGCAAUAAAGUCUCAUCGACAGCCAGAGCUCUCAAGAGACACAUUUAUCACAAUCAUGAGUGUAUAAGAAAAUUCCAGUGCACCAUGUGUGAUAAGGCAUUUAAAAGGGCCCAGGACUUAAGGGAGCAUACAUCUGUGCAUACAGGCGAGGUGUUGUAUACAUGUCCUAAUUGUCCCAUGACUUUCUUUUCGAAUGCCAAUAUGUAUAAACACCGGCAACGUUUACAUCGAGCCGAAUGGGAGGCUGAUCGUAGUAAACCUAUACCACCAAAUAUUAUGAAACAAGCUAAACAGGGCAGUAAGUUUGUUAAAACAAAACGUACUCCCGGUGAAAUUACACCCUCUCAUUUGGUAACACCAAUGCCCAUCCUACCACCAUCUGCGGUAUUAAAUCCUCAAAUUUUAUAUGCAAACAUGACUUUGCAUUGAGUAAGAAAUGCAAUUGACCAGGGUGUUAAUUCUCGCAUUUGUAAUCGAAAUAAAUUUCGAAUGCUUUUUAGAUUUCGAGUAAAAAUUCUUUCGUUUUCGAAUACUCAAAAAUAAGGUAAUCCUCAGAAACGUUCGAAUAAUUAUAUGAAUGCGAGAAUUAGACCCCAGGACCGACCCACAUACAACACAAUGACACUUACAUUACAUACACUCAAAUGUACGUAAACACGAAUGUACAUUAUUAUAAAUUAUAAAACUACAUACCUACUUUAUUUAAAUACUAAUUUUUGUUUUAAAUGUUCAAAAUAAUUCCGAAAAAUAAAUCAUUUCAGUUGAUUACUUAUUUAA